CUGUUUCCUCUCUUCUCCUCCUCUCCGCCUCAUUUUUACCGCAAGUGUCCGAUAAACCUAGAGCAAUCCCCGCCAUCCGACGUCGUAAUCGGGACUCGAAUCCUUAUUCGAAUUCUUGCCGUGUUGUUCUCAAAUUGAUUUCUAUGGUUUUGUUUUAUCAUUUAUGAAAGAGUGAGUAUAUUUAUAAUGGCACUGCUUGAUUGCUGCCACGGGAAAUGAAUUUCGCGCUGCGAACUUGGGAGCUGUCGUAACUUUGAGUUAGAUUCGAGCUCGAUUGCAGGUUGUUUGGUUCAGGAAAAAUGAAGGGUGUCAGAGAUUGGGUUUUUUCUCAAAUGGUGUCCAAGUCCGUGGCGUCAUCUCGACCAUUAUCAGGGAGUGGCAGCUACUUCCAUGAGGGACCUCCAGAUGUGGAGUCCGACAGCCAAAGUCCAACUCAGACUGCAAGUAUGAUUGCAUCAUCAAUGCCUCGUAAUACUUUAUAUUCUUCCAGUAGCAAUCGGGAAAAUCAAACUCAUCCCCCUCUGCAGGAAGUUCCACCUGAACAAUCUUCACGUGAUGGUGUUGUUGAAAGGAAAAUGGACCCAUUAGCAAAAAUUGAAGAUCUCCAAGUAAAGUUCCUACGUCUUGUGCAGCGGUUAGGGCAAUCAGAAGGCAAUCUUCUAGUGGCAAAGGUUUUAUAUCGAAUACACCUAGCAACUUUGAUACGAGCAGGGGAAUCAGAUUUGAAAAGCGUAAGCAUUAGAAGUGAUAGAGCCAGAGCAAUAGCAAGAGAAAAAGAGGCUACAGGAGUACCUGAUUUGAAUUUCCCAUUUAGAAUACUUGUUUUGGGGAAGACAGGUGUUGGCAAGAGUGCAACAAUAAACUCUAUUUUUGAUCAAAUAAAGACAGAGACAGAUGCAUUUCAGCCUGCCACCGAUUGCAUCCAAGAAGUUGUGGGUACUGUUAGUGGGAUUAGGAUAACCUUCAUUGACACCCCUGGUUUCUUACCUCCAUGCACAAGUAAUAUGAAAAGGAAUCGAAAAAUUAUGCUCUCUGUGAAGAAAUUCAUUAGAAGAUCUCCACCUGACCUUGUUCUAUACUUUGAGCGGCUUGACCUUGUCAGCAUGGGUUAUAGUGACUUGCACCUCCUCAAGCUUAUGACCGAAGUCUUUGGUACUGCAAUUUGGUUUAACACUAUUCUUGUCAUGACACAUUCAUCCUCUACUCCUCCUGAAGGACUAAAUGGAUAUCCAGUCAGCUAUGAAUCAUAUGUGACCAAGUGCAAGAUUUGGUGCAACUCUGCAUACACAAGGCAGUAUCUGAUACAAACUGAAAACGUAGGCCUCAAUGUUCAAUCUGCUGAGUCAGAUUUGAUCUAUACAGUUCACAGCAAUACAAAGUGGAAGAACCUCAAGUACAACAUUACUGACUGUGGGGUUUCUUUGACAUCUUUUAGGGACAAGUACUAUGUUGGUACCAAGCUUGAAGAUACAGUAUUGGCUGGGAAGAGACUGAAGUUUAUGAUGAAUGUUGGUCAAAUGGUAGGUCAUGGACAAGCUGCAUAUGGUGGGAGUUUUGAGGCUACUUUGAGAGGGAAAGACUAUCCUGUGAGAAAUGACUAUGUCAGUCUUACAACAACAGCACUUUCCUUAGAUAAAGAGAUGGUAUUGGGUGGAGGUUUUCAGUCAGAGUUUUGUCCCUUCCGGGGUACUAGGCUCUCUGUCAAUGCCAAUCUAAACAGUCGGAAAAUGGGGCAGAUUUGUGUAAAGGUAAGUAGCUCUGAGCACUUGGAAAUCGCAUUUUUUGCAGCCAUUUCACUUUUGAAAGCACUGUUUCGUAGAAAGGGAAUUGAAGACAGAAGCAUAGAAGCAUUAGAGCAAUGA